GCUUGAUAAAGUUGGCACGAGUGAGUUUGAGUUGCUGCACAGAAUGGGGAAAACGGCUUACAAGAGGCUGAAGGGAAGCCAGAGCUUCAGGCAACGCCUUCUUCUCUCUACUCUCUCCUCCACUCCCAUUCUCAUCGAGGACAUUCGCGCCGACGAGACAUGGCCCGGCCUCCGCAACCACGAAAUUUCUCUCCUCCGACUCUUCGAAACCGUCUGCGACGAUUGCCACGUCGAAAUCAACGAAACCGGUACCAAAUUAAAGUACAAACCGGGAACUAUUAUGGGUGGCAGACAACACAGUGCACACGAUUGCGGCGUCUCACGGUCCAUUGGUUACUUUCUGGAGCCACUCAUUGUGUUGUGUUUGUUUGCCAAGCAGCCCCUUACUAUCAGGCUCAAAGGAAUUACAAAUGAUUCUAAAGAUCCAUCUGUUGAUACCUUCAAGUCAACGACUUUACCUAUAUUGAAGCGCUUUGGAGUUCCAUCUGAAGGCUUGGAGAUUAAAGUAGAGAGUCGUGGAUUACCUCCCAAUGGUGGUGGUGAAGUUCUUUUGUCUGUUCCUGUUGUUCAGAGUCUAACGGCGGUUAGUUGGAUUGAUGAGGGUUUUGUGAGGAAAAUUAGGGGAACUUCUUUUUCAACAAGAGUGUCUGUUCAGUUUGAAUAUGGCAUGAUUAAAGCUGCCCGUGGAAUCAUCAAUCCGCUGGUUUCUGAUGUGCACAUUUUCUCUGAUCACAGAUCAGGUCCUGAGGCUGGAAACUCUCCUGGAUAUGGGAUUUCUCUGGUUGCGGAAACUACGUCUGGUUGUUUCAUUUCUGUAGACACUGCUGUUUCUCAAGUGAGGGAUGACGAUACUUCUGGCCUUGCAGAUGAUGCGAAACGAGACUUAAUGCCGCCAGAUGAUAUUGGUGUGGGGAUUGCUAGUGCUUUACUAGGGGAGAUAGCUCAAAGUGGAGUGGUAGAUUCAACACAUCAGGGUUUGUUAUUUCUUCUAUGUGCUCUAUGCCCUCAAGAUGUUUCCAAGGUUCGUGUAGGAAAACUUUCGCAGCAUGGAGUUGAAACUCUCAGAAACCUAAGGGAUUUUCUUGAUUUGAAGUUUAUUAUCAAACCAGAUCCAAACUCACAGUCGGUUUUUCUAAAGUGUAUUGGUUAUGGCAUGAAGAACCUUUCUCGAAAGGUAUCAUAAAGUGGGGUCAACAGUCUGAUAUAGUUCAAAAUACGAGUCUGACAGAAUUGUAAUUUUGAAGCAACUGCUACUUCAGCACCUGGAAAAGAACUCAAGCAGCUUCAAUAUAUAGUAUUAUGCCAAUGAUAAUGGCCUACCCCGCUCCCCCUACUCCCAAAUGAAUUACAGGUGAAGUUUGGUUUCAAUUGUAACCCAUUGCUAGCAAUAUAUAUAAUUAAGUGUUUUUCACAUGAUUUUACUUCCUUUUAGCAUUUUUCUGAUCCUGAACACCAAACACUUUUCCAUUUUGAAGUACUAUAAAAGAAAUCCUUGUGUAUACCAGAUCAUGCAGUUUAUAAUCUAUGAUUCUCCAAAAGC